AGCAGAGGAUGUCGGCUUCCUGUGGCUCGCCCCGGCCCAAUGGAGUUGCUCCCAGGUCCUCGACAGUUACCAUCUGGAGUGCCUGAAGGAGAGGGCGUACUGGCUCUAUCUUGGCUCGGUGUCAGUGCCACCAGGAAUUAGGUCCACGCUGAAGACCCAAGGAAGAGUAUCAAGAUGAUGUCAACACUUGACAGCUCGGGGUAUCGGCGACAGCUGAACACUCCUCACCAGGUGCGGCCGGUGGUGGGGGCGCCCUACGUACUCUGCGUGUUCAUCGUCGCUGUCAUUCUCGUGGGAGUGGGCACCUUCGUCACUGCCUACGCCUACGAGAACGACCCGCACGACCCCGUCUUGCUGGUCGUCGGUCCAUCACUCCUGGGCCUCGGAGGUCUGCUCCUGCUGGGUUCUGUCUUGGUGUGCGUGGUCGCCUGCUGCAAGAACAGACACCUGCGGGAAGCCUUCUCUGACGACCUGCUGAACAUUGGGGGCUCCACCUUCUACGGCGGGAGAGGCUUCGUGCAGCUGGAGGACGAGACCCAGCUGUACGACCCUCCCCCGCGCCACCACCUGCAGGGCUCGGCCGUGAUGGGGGUCAGCAACCCUGCAGGUCCAGACCACGCCGAGGCCAUCAUGAUCUUGGCAAAUACAGUGGCAGAGGAACGAGACAGACAGCGCAAGAACUCUCGUAAAUAUUCCCGGAACCUCUCCCAGGAGCCCAGUCGACGCUCAGAAGAACGUUCUUACCCAAAAUAUUACUUGGGUCCUCAAGGCCACUCCUACAGCCCCGAGGACUCGAACCAUCUCGAGCACCUGGGUUUGGAAAGACUGAGAAGGGCAGACGCGUACCCUGAGCUCGCUGAGGACUUCGACUUGGGAGAGACAGACGAGUCCACCGAACGCUUCAGGGACAGAUCUUACAGCAUGUCGGUGCGUCGGCCCGUGGCACGUCUGGCUCCUGUCCCAGACAGACUACGCAGAAACGUGACCUUUACAGCAGCCUCCCAAGCCAGCCUGCAGCAACAGCAGCAACAGCUACAGUUCUUGCGACAACAACAACACCAGAUGAGGAAAAACUUGCUCCUGCAAGAGCCGCAGUACUCGGGUCUUCACCGUAAGCGUAGCUCCAAGCGCAAGAAGGGCGUAGUGUCCCGGGAGCAGACUCCUGAACCCAUUAAGGUCCAUCACCUUCCUCUGUAUAACCCGGACCUGCUGAGUGCACUGGGAAUCCAGCCUAAGCGGUUCCCGCUGGAGCGCGGCCAGAGCGAUCACGGCCUCUUGGACCAGGGCAGGAAAGAGUCCCCAGAGGUGUGGCGGGAGGACCCAGACGUCACUCACGGCAGUCUGGGCAACCCACGCCGCCGCCCCUCCGUGGUGAUGGGCGUCAGGAGCAUCAGGGCCCCACACUCUGGCUCCGCGUACAGGCAUCACUCCAUCUACGCCUCGGACAUGGACCUCCACAGAGCGCCCGCGGGCGUCAGUGACAGCGGAGAUAACCUCAGUAAUUCCGUCUCCGGAUACGGACAGGAGCCGCGUUCACCGCUCAGUCCCGUCACUGCCUUCAGGAACUUUUCCAUAACAGGAUCAGACACAGAGGACCGUCGCCAGAGAGCUUCGCCUGUAUUACACCUUCUUCAUCCCAGUGAAGGCUCCUUGUCUUCCUUGAACCGGAAUGACAGCAAGCGAGACAACAGCACAUUACCCAGGUCCUCUUCAGCGUCACCCAGCCAGGGUCGACCGCUCUCCAACAUAUCCUCAGAGUCCUGUUGUUCCGGAUGCUGCGACAGCGAUCACGAUAACCAUACUGGCGUCGGUGAUGGGGAAGAUAAGGACACUAAAGUUGAAAACGGUGAUUUAGAAAACGAUAAAUCAGUUCCAGAGACUGAGAAGAUUGUAUAGGGGGGUGUUCUGUUGUAGCAGAUUCAGACUGGUCGAGAGUGGAGGUACUCAUGAGUGAAUGAUUCAUAUACUCACCUCCUGUGACACUCCAAUACUCAUUGGAGUUGAAAGGACUUUGAAACCUUGUCAAUAAAUGACUUGAUAAUCUUGUGCUUGCAAAGACAGAUCUUAGUGUCCGUGUCAUAAUGUCUAAAAUUGAUGCAGACAUUUUCUCAGCAAGAGUUUUCAAAUUUUUACAUUUUCAAGAAGGAAAUCACCGUUUUCAUUGACCCCAUUGUCUUCACAUUACCUUCUAUUAAUAGCCUGAUAGUUUCAUUAUAUUGUAAAUAUUAUGUUCAUGGUAUAUUGUUAAGGAAAUGGUUGAUUUCCAAUAACAAAAAUAUUGAUGCCCCAAAACUUGGUGAUGCGAUAUAUGACCCAUGUUUCAUACUCAUCCUUCAUCCCUUUUUUAUACAUAUAAAUUAUUGGUCAUGCUUUAUAUGCAUCCACAAGUAACUAUGCACUAGAAAAGAAUACCUUUAGUCAAUGCACUAUGGUUCUCAAGUGAAGUCCCCCAUUAGUAGGGACUUAUUAACUCUUGUAUAUGUUCCUGUCUCUGCUGCUGCUAGCUACUCUUCGUCAAUUUUCAUGAAUGGUAUCUAAAGGAUUUUGGCGACUUUAGUGGUUCAAAGGAUGUAGAAAUACUGUUGUCUAGUAUCUAGAUUAAGGUGGUGAGGAAAUGGUACACCACUAUAGAGCAGAGUGCUGGUGAUGACUGCAAGAGGCAAACGAACUGUAGCUAAUCGCACGCGUUUGGUGGCGUGUCUGAAUGUUUCAGUAAAUGUGUUGGCACCAGACCGUCUGCAUGUCCAUAGCCGGUUCAUGGCUAUGGAGACCCGGACGGGAUACAGCUUCUCUAGGGUUCUCCAAGCAACAAUUACUCUUGCUUUAUGGAAGUGGCAUAAAGACCAGUUGCGUUACCAGAGGCGAAGAGACCACUCAGCCAGCCAGCACACACAAGGGGUUCGAUGUGAGACGCACGUCAAGUACACAGAAAUCUUCUAGCAUUAAAAUUGCACAUCUUUUAAUGUUGAUGACCAAACCGCACAUCAGACAAUGGAGAAACGACGACGUUCCGGUCCUUCCUGGAUCAUUAUCAAGUCGUGGAAUUGGAUACUGCUCAUCUUCCAGUAAUGAUAGUGCUUAUAGGACCAAUUUACUCAGAGUAUAUCUGUCCCAUUUGGGACAUAUCACAAAUGGGAUUCUAAACACGUGAAAAAGUAACUGAAGAACCUAUAGUAUAACCUGUCCCAGUAGUCCUAGACCUAACAGACGCCAUCUUAUGCCUAAUACAAUACAUAUAUGACCUGUACUAGACCAUGAAUUUUUAACUUUCAUUUUGGUUUUUCGUUUCUUCGAAGAAUUAAUAAUACAACAUGUACAUACUGAUGGCUGCAACGGUCCAUUUUUGUACGUUCGACCACAUGGUGGAGUGUCAUUACUGCUGGUAACAUAACAUUACAUCUUUACAUUAUUUUCAUUAUCUGUCCACCACUUGUGAAACUUCAGUGUCAUGUUUUGGCUACCAUUGCUUAUAAUUUUACUCUGCUAAAGAGUUCUGGGGAGUACAUGUAGACGAAGAAUCAUCUUAAAUACGCACAAUUUGUAAACUUUGUCAGUUACAUUCAGUAGUUACUGUAUUACAUGUAAAUAUGAAGAUAUGAAACACUCAUGAGGAAUUUCAAAUACUGUACUAUUUAGAGGGUUGUUAAGGUAUGAGCAAUAGCCUGGGCGGAGGGAGAUUGAUUGAUUGAUAAAGAUUAAGCCACCCAAGAGGUGGCACGGGCAUGAAUAAGUGCCCCCCCUCUUCCUCCGUUACGGUGCCCGGGCUAACCAUAGCCCGUGCUUCUUGCCCCGCUCCUGUGCCAGGUAAGUUACGGGCUCACCAUAGUCCGUGCUACUUAGAACUUGUUCCGAGUAGCUGAAUCUAUAACAACAACAUUCGUUACGGUGGCCCAUAACGGAAGGAGAGGGGGCGAUUCACACACAUGCAUAGAGUGCUGCAGCCCAUCCUCCGAACAUGGGGAGGUAAAUGUAACAGCACAAGUGUAAUUAUGUACUAUUCCUAACAGUCAGGAAAUGAACGUAUUACAUUUAGUAUUAAACCGUACUGUCAAUUCGGAGGAUGAGUUGCAGCGCUGAGAGCCAGCAGCCACUUGACGCUAAACUGUUGUGUGUGUAGGAGGAUGUAUAGACGAAGCUUGCUGAUGGAAGCUUGCCGUAUCUGGCACUCCCCCAGAGCCAUCUUUCUGUUCCUGUACAAAUACAAUCACGGACUGACAUAGA